GUUACAGAAAUCAGAUCGGGGAAGGCUUUUUGUUUGUUGAUUUGAAUGCCAAUUUCAGUCUCCAUGGAGAACGACAUUUGCCCUCUCCUUGAAGCGAUUCCUGGCAAAUCUACGAGACACAUCGACACCCAGCUCCAACUUGCUUGAAUUAUUUGUUGCUCCCUCUGCUCAAGUAGAUACUACUAGCACAGGUACUGCAGGCUUGGAUACUCUGGAAGACGAAUUUUGUGAUGACGAUAAAGCUGCAUGCACCUGGCGGGGAUCAGGAUUUCCCUGUUGUUCAUUGUGAAAGUCAAGAGGCGCGACGACCUUGUAUGCGGUGACAAUGACAAUGGCAAACCAUCAGACCGUUCUCAUCUUGAACGCAGACCCACAGAGCGACAUCGUUUCAAAACACCGAAACAUUCACGUCAAAUUGAAAAAAUGAAUCGUUUAAUAGAAUGAAGUCAUACAAGGAAACACCGUAGUUGGUUAUUUCAAACCUCAAUUGGCAAUCAAAUUUCCCACCAAUAAAUGCUAAUUUUCAUAAAAACACAGCCCGGUUGUUAAGUGCAUGACCGUAACAAACAAGGACUCCUGUACUUUGUUUUGGACGUGUUGGCCAUCAUUUUUGACACUCAGUCGUUGUAGGAAGGGCUCUUAGUGUCGUCUCACAUGAAUCAGAUACCUCCUGAGUUCCAACCCUAAAACAACACAUCAAGUCCUUCAUCAUGAAGCUCGGGUUGGGCAUUUGGUAUUGGAGUGUCGCUAUUUUGCUCUUGAUAAUUGGCGUUUCCCAAGGAGGAAUAGUGGUUGGCAAUCAUGUGGAGUCUCAACAGACCGAAUUGGGGUUGGAUCCUCUCAGCCGAUUCGUGUCGGUUCUGGCUGAUGCUAAUAUCAUCACCAGAGAGGAUAUCCAAGUAUACGGCCGACAAGCCCGAGAAAAUCCCUUGUCGGAGCUGGUGUUUGACGUGUUCAAGGAAUUGGUGGGCGAUGUCUUGAGCAUGACGGUGGGAUCGUACCUUGGCCUUGACAAUCGGAGGAAUUCGGAAGAGUUCAGCCUUUUCAACAUGGUCAUGAGCGCCGUGAGAAAGAACACGCUGCAGAAAAGGAUGGGCUGCCCCACAUAAGAUUCCGUCCCUAAAUUGAAAAUCAUCUGAUCUCAGAGGUUCAGAGAAGCUCCAGAGAAGAAAUCUAGUCCGAGAGAAACAAACCAUACCCAGAUUAAUACUAAAUUCGUUGUUGAAUAUUUCUUUAUGCUUUUGGUUUUGCAAAGAUUGCUUGCGAACGAAAUCCAGAACGCGCUCCUCUAACAAGUCCUGAAAUACAUU